AUGGAUAUAUUUGUAGCAGUCAAAAAUUCCAGUGACCUGAAGAAGCUAACCGCGGAUGAGGAAGGGUUGGUUCGUCUUUUGCAGGAAGCUGAACUUUUGCCGCCAACACAACAAUGCAGCAAGUGCAAGAGGCAAAUGAAACUGAAGGUAACCAAGCGCUCCAAUGCUUGCAAAUGGAUUUGCAAGCCUACAUCGAGCUGCACCGGCUGGGAAUGUACUGUCCGCACGGAUAGUAUUUUCAAAAAUUCGAGGCUGUCUCUAUCCCAGUUGAUGGAGAUAACCUUCGAGUGGUCUCGAAAUACGACGCGGAUGGUUGCGGAAGCUGAAUGUGCAGCCGGUAAGACAGCCAUUCUAAAAUGGUUCAAAAUACUCCGUGAAAUAAGCGCUGAAUAUGUGGAAACCCACCAACAACAGAUCGGAGGCGAAGGGCUCACAGUGGAGAUCAACGAGUCCGUCAUUACCAAACGGAAGUACCACAGAGGACGGAUCGCGGACAACAACCAGGUUUGGCUGGUCGGUGGUAUUUGUCGGGAGACAAAGGAGAUUUUUCUGGAGCUGGUUCAGAAACGCGACGCUGGCAACUUGCAGGCAAACUGCGUCACGACAAUUGUGACGGAUGGUUGGCGUGCCUACAUCGGAUUAGACGGAAAAGGGUAUGAGCACGAGAUGAUAAACCAUUCAGAAAAUUUUGUCCACCCAAGCGAUCCAUUAGUACACACACAGACCAUCGAGAAUUUAUGGCGCUGGGUCAAGCCCUUUUUAAGAUCUAAAGGCACAAACCGGGGAGCAUUGAUUGAAUAUAUACGCGAGUACCAGCUUAAGCGAGCCCAGCCUAACAAUUUCAUUACCAUCUUGCGUGCCAUCCAAUCAGUUCAGGAGAUUGAGUAAGUAUUAACAUAUUCUUC